GUGCUAUAAGUUCCUGUUAUAUUCGGAAGUAACGGGCAAGUUGUUCUGGCGUCAUUUCCGCCUGCGACCAGAGAGACGAACGCGCCAUUACCAACAUGCCGAAGUUUUACUGUGACUACUGCGAUACGUAUCUCACCCAUGAUUCUCCUUCAGUCCGUAAGACUCAUUGUAGUGGAAGAAAGCACAAGGAGAAUGUGAAAGAUUAUUAUCAGAAGUGGAUGGAAGAGCAGGCACAGAGCCUAAUUGACAAAACCACCGCCGCAUUUCAACAAGGAAAAAUACCACCAACACCUUUUGCAGCUCCGCCAGCUGGAAGUGCUAUGAUCCCACCACCUCCAAGCUUGGGUGGACCUCCUCGACCUGGAAUGAUGCCUGCUCCCCCCAUGGCUGGCCCUCCUAUGAUGCCAAUGAUGGGACCACCUCCUCCAGGAAUGAUGCCAGUAGGCCAUGGUCCUGGUAUGAGACCACCCAUGGGAGCUCACAUGCCUAUGAUGCCUGGUCCACCCAUGAUGCGUCCACCUACACGUCCUAUGAUGCUACAGUCCCGACCUGGCAUGGCACGUCCUGAUCGAUAAAACUUUUUUACAGUUUUUAAUCGUAGCUCUGCUGAAAAUCUGUAUUAUGGAUGCUUAUUGGUUAAUGCAAAAAAAAAAAAAAACUGCAGCACUCUUACAAGUUUCUGUGCUGCAUAUUGCCAAUAAUGGGUGCAACAACCUCCUGGAUAUUAAUCCUACAAUAUAUUUUGUUUUGAACUUCAUGGGUGUCAGAAACCUGCUUAUGCAUUCCAACCUACUGCAGGUAGGGAAGAGUGCAAAGUGCGUUUGUUUUACCUAGAUUUCUGAAAUGUGAUAAUCUCGGAAUGUUUUUUAUUUCACUUUUAUUUUAUGACUGUGUCCUAUGUGUUUGCCAUGAAUGCACGAAACAUAGCUGUGAUUAUUUUGUGCCUGGAGAAAUUAAACUGUUUUUAUCACAAAA